UGUGCGUGAUCGUCACGUGGUCAGGCAACAGAAGCGCUCUGGUUCACGGCUGAUCAGCUGCUGUUGCUGCGCUGCAUUGUGGAGAUCUUCCUGCGCAUUGCUGUCCUCUAGACAGAUCCCUGCUUUGAUCAAUGCAGUCAGCUAAGAUUGCGCAUCCCCUUGGGAGCGGCCGGAUGACUUCUCAAAGUUCUCUGGUUUUAUCCAGGAAGAUAAGCAGUAAAGACUACUGCACCUGCACUCAAUUCCAGAAUGCAACAUUGCAGCCUCUUUUGAACCCGUCCAAGCACGCUCUGAUCGUCAAAAGCAAGCACGUUGCAGCAUCGUCUUCUGCGCGGAUUGACCAUAAGCCCUUUGCUGAGAGUGAAAGCCAAGCUGCUUCCGCGAGAAGGACACAAUUUGCGGAGGGGCGGCCACACCAGCCCCACAAGAGGAGAAUGGCUCAGGCCAACGGCGCUGCCAGUGAGCCAGGGGUCCUGGACUCCCCCCGGUUGCAAGACGUUGUGGGGGAAAAGAUGGAGGAUGCUCUGAAGCGGGUGCUCUUCAAGCCAGUGCCCGGCGCUAAGCCGAACAAGUCCGAUGAGAAGACCACCACCAAAAUCACUGUCGUGGGGGUGGGAAACGUGGGCAUGGCGUGUGCGCAGACAAUCCUGACUCAAGACCUGUGCGGCGAGAUCGCCCUGGUUGAUGUUGUGGCCGACAAGCUGCGGGGCGAGAUGCUAGACCUGCAACACGGCGCCGCCUUUUUGAACCGCGCCAAGAUCACGGCCGGCACCGACUACAAGGUGACGGCCGGCUCUGACGUGUGCAUUGUCACGGCGGGGGCGCGCCAAAGGGAGGGCGAGUCGCGGCUGUCACUCGUUGGGCGGAAUGUGAAUCUGCUCAAGAGCAUCAUCCCGGAGCUAGUCAAAUACAGUCCCGACACGAUCCUGCUCCUGGUGUCAAACCCCGUGGACAUCCUUACCCACUGCGCCUGGAAGAUCUCGGGGCUGCCCCCCAACCGCGUGAUCGGCUCCGGUACCAACCUCGACUCGAGCCGGUUCCGCUUUCUCAUCGCUGACGCCCUAGGCAUCAAUGCCCAGAAUGUGCACGCGCACAUUGUAGGCGAGCACGGUGACAGCAGCGUGCCCAUGUGGAGCAGCGCGCAGAUCGCGGGGAUCCCCCUGGUGAACUACGCGCGCGCCAAGAACGUGCCGCUCACGGACGAGGUCCUCGACGGCAUCCACAAGCAGGUGGUUAACGGCGCGUACGACGUCAUCAAGCUCAAGGGCUACACGUCGUGGGCCAUUGGUUACAGUGUUGCCAGCCUGAUCCGCACCAUCCUGCACGACACGCACCGGGUGCACCCGGUGUCCGUUCCGGCCAAGGGCUUCCACGGAAUCAAGGAGGACGUAUACCUGAGCCUUCCGGCGCUGCUCGGCCGCCAGGGCCUGCUGAACGUGAUGGAGCAGGAGAUGACCGACAAAGAGCGCGCCAUGGUGCAAAAGUCCGCCAAGGGCCUCGCUGACGUCAUUGCGGGCCUGGACAACCUGUAGUAGUGACUUGGACUUCAAACGUCAUAUCGGGGCGAGACACCGUGAUGCCAUUGUCUUCAACAUGAAGUGCCUACAGGUGCUGUUUGAGCAGCCUGGGGGAGAUAAUGCGAAAGAGGUAGAUUACAGUCAAAGCUUUGCGAUUUCAGAUCUAACUUCGAGAGGUAUAUACGAAAGAGCGUUUCCUCAUGGGCAAGCAUACGAGUGCGGCUGCGAUGGCGCUUGCGUUUUCAAGAGCCGAUGUAGAGUAUGAAAGGCUUUGCGUAAAGGGUUUGCGUAAGCGACAGGCGCUGGCGGACUGGUUUUUGCAACGCUGCUGCGCUUCAAACAAACAUGUAGGUAUACUGACCUGCUCGACUUCUGGCUGCGGCCUUUGUGCAUACAAUAAGGACGCUAGCUGUAGUGACGUACUUGCAAAGAAUUUUGGAUUUUCUACAAGAAGAUAGAGCAUUUCAAUCCGAUGAAUCUAUGAUGAACCCUUUGUCUAUCCGCAAGACUUUUUCAGUUGCGUCACCCCAGCAGCUCCUAGGGCAUAUCGAAAAUUGCAUUACUUAAAAAUGUGCUCAGUCCAUUGUUC